AUGGAUUUUACAUAUAAAAAAAGUUAUUUUCAUGCUAAAUUAGAAAAAUUUGAAAAUACAAGUACGUUUAAAAUUUUAGAAAAAUCAUCAUCGUCAGAUACCGAAGAUGAAUCAAAAGAAGGAUUACCUAAAAUGAUGAAUCCGGGAGAAACAUGCUGUGCAAUUUAUUUGGAAAUAACAGUAAAGCAAUUACCGAACUCAUUACCAUUUGGUUGGCGCACAAAAGAAUAUAUUCCAACUAUAUUGUUCCCAGACGAAAAUGUUUGCGAGGUUAAACAAGCAAAAUUUGGUAUGGGAAUGAUUUUGGGUUAUAAAUUAAUUCCUUGUACUGACGUUUUCGCUGAUGAUAUAUUCAGACUUCGAAUAAGUAAUAAUAAUAACAGUAAGGGUAACAAUGGGGUUAAUUUGAGAGAGAGGGGAAGAGAUGAUAUUAAUUCUUCGGGUUCGAAUUCAAGUGGUGAUGUUACAGUACACGCUAGUUUGGCUCCUUGUAAUGGAAUAGAAUUGAUCUAUUUAAAGGUACCAGGAAUAGUUUUGUUGGAAUUGGUGGACGCUUUGGAUUGUCUUGCUGGUUCGUUUUCAAAUUUUUGA